CAACCGUGGAGAGACACAGCGAGAGAGAGAGAGGUGGAGGUAGAGUCUGAGGGGGCGGAGCCAGCGUGUCUCGUGCUCAGUUAGUUAGCGGAGCUGCUCGCGGGCAGCAGGCAGAGGGAUGGUCUCGCGCUCAGCAGCGGGCAGCAUCGGGUCAUGUUGUCCGCGCGGCUGGACACCUGCCCGCGUGUCACCUUCAGCGGAGCGGGGACUGCGACGACUCUGGCACGAGGACCUGAGGCUGGGAUGGGCGGGGAGGCGUGUCCUCACAAGCUGAGAUCAACCAAUCACCUUCGACUUCUCCUCUACAUCCUGAUUCCCACUGUGAGCCUGCUGGCCGGCCUGCUGCUGCUCGUCCUGGCCCUCACUGGUAUAUUUGGCAGCAGCCUCUUGGACUCCAGCCCCCUCCCCUCCCCCGAGUCCAUCGCAGACAACGAACCUGGUUACUAUGGCAACAGCACAAACCCCCCAUCCUUCUUUGAGACGGAAAACGUCACAGAUUCGCUACAAAACCACAGUGACGAUGACAUCACAUAUGGCCAUAACCACAGUGUGAGCACACCGGCUGCUACCACCAGCAUACAUCCAGCCUCCUCCUCUCAUGCACCGCCCACCCAGCCCUACACAAAGCCCCCUGAUUGGCUGACCUCUGUGACAUCACUGAGCACAGCCUGGCCGUUCAGCACCACCCCAGCGCCUGACUCAGGUAGCUGUCAGCUGAUCGUGGAGCCUCAGUGUCACAUGUUGCCCUACAACCAAACAUGGCUGUCCUCCUCCAUCGCCGUGGUGAAGAGCUCAGAGGUCGACAUGUUGCUUAGGUUCUUCAGCUACCUCAGCAGACUGUCCUGCUACAGACACAUCAUGCUCUUCGGCUGCUCGCUGGCGAUGCCUGAAUGUAUUGCCGCCGACGGCACGCACGACAGGCAGGUCGUGCUGCCCUGCGCGUCGUUCUGCGAGGCGGCGAGGGAAGGCUGCGAGCCCGUCCUCCAGAUGUUCAACGCCUCCUGGCCCGAUUUCCUGCGUUGCUCGCAAUUCAGCAACAUCACCUCUGCUUUGUCACUGCCACCACCAUCAUCAUCAUCAUCAUCAUCAUCACCAUUAUUGCCAUCAUCAUCAUCGUCGCCAUCAUUGCCAUCAUCAUCACCCAUGGCAACAGCAGGCCCCACCCUUUCUGCCUGCUAUACACCGAGACAGAUCAAAGGGAAACCCUCUGUGUGCGGCGGGCAGGACCACUUCCUGUGCGCAACAGGGAUUUGCAUCACUCAGAAACUGGUGUGUAACGGGUACAACGACUGUGACGACUGGAGCGACGAAACACACUGCGUGUGUACAGAUGGAAAGUUUCGGUGCAACACUGGUCGGUGUCUCUCGCCCGCUCUGGUGUGUGACGGUUAUGACGACUGUGGAGACCUGAGCGACGAACUCAACUGUGUGUGUGAUCUGGCUCGUGAACAUCGUUGCGGUGACGGUCGCUGUGUGUCCAGAGACUGGCUGUGUGACGGAGACCACGACUGUCUGGACAAGAGCGACGAGCUCAACUGCUCCUGUAAGAGUCAGGGUCUGUUGGAGUGCAGGAACGGUCAGUGUAUUCCUUCUGCGUUUCGUUGUGACGGAGAGGACGACUGUAAAGACGGCAGUGAUGAAGAGCACUGCAGCAGAGAGCAGACUCAGGGUGUUUGUGUUCCCGGUCAGCCUAGCUGUAUCUCCACUUCCUGUCCGUCAGUGUGUGUGGGGGGCAACACUGCCUGCGACCCCCGAAACAACAACAACUGCACUCGCUGUGAGCCCAUCAGCCUGGAGCUGUGUAUGAACCUGCCCUACAACCUGACCAGCUACCCCAACUACCUGGGUCACCUGUCCCAGAGAGAGAGCUCCGUGUCCUGGGAGUCCUCUCUGUUCCCUGCUCUGGUCCAGACCGGCUGCUACCAGUACCUCAUGUUCUACGCCUGCACACUGCUGGUACCAAAGUGUGACCCCAUCAGCCUGCAGAGGGUCCCACCCUGCAGGUCGUUGUGUCGUAAUGCGAAGGGGAAGUGUGAGUCGGUGCUCGGCAUUGUGGGAUUACAGUGGCCUGAGGACUCAGACUGUAGUCAGUUUCCAGAGGAGGGAGGAAACACAACCUGCCUGCUGCCAGAGGAUGGAGUCGACGAGUGCUCCCCCAGCCACUUCAAGUGUCGGUCAGGUCGCUGCGUCCUGGCAACCAAACGCUGUGACGGACACCUGGACUGUGACGACCACAGCGACGAAGACAACUGUGGCUGUUCUGAGCGCGCUCUGUGGGAGUGUCCUGGCAGUAAGAUGUGUAUUAAAGCCAGUAUGAUCUGUGAUGGAUUCCCAGACUGCCCCCUGCUGGUGGACGAGGCCAACUGCACGGUGUGCAGGGAUAACGAGCUCUCCUGUAACAACCAUGAGUGUGUUCAUCGGACUCUGUGGUGUGAUGGAAAGAAACACUGUUCGGACAGCUCUGAUGAAUGGAACUGUGUGUCUCUGUCCGAUCGAUCAGGUUCUGUAUUGACGGUGUUCAGGACGGCAGCAGAGUAUCAGGUCUGUGCAGAUGAGUGGAACCACGAUCUGAGCAAACUGACCUGCAACCAGCUGGGACUAGGAGUUCCCUCCUCUGUUUCCAUGGUACCCGACCAGCCUGGAGUCCCGGGCCGUCGCCGUUGGUUACACGUCCAUCCUGAGUGGAACCUGAGGCACGGAUCUGCUCUGCAGGCCCGACUGGAGAAGAGAAGUCAUGCAUGUCAUUCCAGGAGGAGGGUAUCAGUGCUGUGUACCAGAGAAGAGUGUGGUCUGCGCCUGGCGGCGGGCGUCUACCCCCACAGGAAGAAGAGGAUUCUGGGAGGGAGGGUGUCCCGGCGGGGGGCGUGGCCGUGGCAGUGCUCGCUGCAGAGCGGUCAGAGCGGUCACGUCUGUGGCUGCGUCCUCAUCGCCCGGAGAUGGGCUCUGACCGUUGCACACUGCUUCGAGGGGAGAGAGAGUGCAGAGCUGUGGAAGGUGGUGUUGGGUCUGAAUAACCUGGACCAUCCAGGUGUGCACAGUCAGAGUCGCGGGGUGCGCUCCAUCAUCGUACACCCGCGCUACAACCGGGCGGUGGUCGACUACGACAUCAGUGUGGUGCAGCUGGAGUCUGAGAUCGAGGAGACGGAGUUUGUCAGACCGGUGUGUCUGCCUGAGCUCGGCCAGCUUCCUUCACCUGACUCUUACUGUUACAUCACAGGCUGGGGUCACAUGGGCAACAGGAUGCCUUUUAAGCUGCAGGAAGGGGAGGUUCGGAUCAUCUCGCUGUCUCAGUGUCAGUCUUACUUCGACAUGAAGACCAUCACUCCGAGGAUGCUUUGUGCCGGAUACGAGGCUGGAACCGUCGACUCCUGCAUGGGCGACAGCGGCGGCCCAUUGGUGUGUGAGGAGGAUGGCGGUCACUGGACAUUGUUUGGCCUGACGUCGUGGGGCAGCGUGUGUUUCAGUAAAGUGCUCGGACCCGGAGUGUACAGCAACGUGACGCACUUCACCCCCUGGAUCCAACAGCAGAUCUACAUCCACACAUACCUGAGCGACUGACACACACGCACACACUCAACAUGUCCUGCAAGCUUGCUGCUUCCUGUCUUCAGCAUUCCAGGAGAUAGUGAUGUCAUCGUCAAAACACACACACACACACACACGCACACACACACACACCCGUUCAGUUCCUCUACCUGUGCCUAUAUCUAUACUGAUAGCCUUCAGAUGCUAACUGCUGUGAGCAGUAGUAUAAACUAGUAUUACAGAUGCUAACUAGUUAGCUAGUAGAGCUGUUGUUGUCAACAAGUACUUCACAUUCAUACGAUUAACAUUCUCUUCACGCUGAUAUAUUUUAUUUUUAUUACUCUACAGUGUUGGGUUUGUUGCUCAGAAAUGUAUGGAAGCAAAAAAAGGCCAUAAGAAUUUGAAUCUAAUAAACAACUACAUACAUAAUUUUGAAGUUUAAUCACUACUGAAUACUUAAUGUUGAAAUUUAAAUACCAAUGUAUUUAUAGCAUCUGAAAACCAUCUCUUUGAAUUUAUGUGGUUUGAAUUCCACUCUUUAAGAUUUUAGGUCAUUUGCAAUGUCAAAAGCUUGAUUAUAAGUUCAGAUAGAAAAUUCAAGUUUAUAAUAUUCAAAUAAAAAAUAAAUUAGUAUUUUUUUAUUUAAAAAAUUAAGUCAAGUUAAAGAAUCAAGUUGCUGACACUUGAAUUUCUAAAUGUGAAAAAAAACAUUUAAAAUUUGAAAUUACUUGAAAAUGUUAAGAGGAAAGAAGGAAUUCACACAUCAUUAAUUCAGACAAAUGGUUUACAAAGUAAAAUAUUUCAAUGCCAUAGUGUUGCUUAUACAAUUCUAAUUAUUAUAGACUUUCUUUGCUUCCAUAAACAUGUUACUUGUUCCUGAUUUGAAAAGAAAUGUUAUUACUUUACUUGUAGCUUAGAGGCAGCAGUAACUCAGAGGAAAAACUAUCCAGCUAGAGAAUUUAACUCUCUGAUGUUCUUCACCUUGACAGGAAGAUUUUCAUUAUUAUAAACAGGGCUUCAGUUCAUUGUUGCAUUAAUACAAAGUGAACCGAGCUCAUUGUUCGGUUUAUCACUCUAUUUCCUAAACAUCAUCUGAUCAUCUGCUGAGUAUUAAAACUUUUAAUCAUAAAAAUAUUAUCACAAUGUUUAGGCGUUAAGCGCUGAAUUUGUAAAAGCUGCCAGCUAAAACAGACCAGUUGAGCACUCAACUUCCCACAAUGCUUCACUCUAUAGUGCCUGUACUUAAAUUUAACAGUAAAGAAAAACAACCUUGUUGCCUGUAAAAUGUCGUACUGUACGUGUGUGUGAGACAGAGAGAGAGGAAUUUUUUUGCUUCUAAACACACCGGCAACUUAUUUGGGCAACUUUGAUGGACAACAUUUAUCAGUGAACUUUAUUCAUACAGCGAUUUGAUUUUCAGUUUAUUUCUAAUCUAAAACAACAAAAAAGUAGAAAAUAAUCCUACAAUUUUUUUUUAUUUCGUACUGUUAUGUCUUAUGAUACAAGAUAUAAAAAAUAUCUCUUUCCAGCACUUCAGGGGCUCCAUACAGUCAAUACUUAAACCAGAAAAAGUCACAAUUUAUAGCUCAAUCACAAAUUGAACAUGUUGUAGUUCACUAUGAAUUUAUAUGUUCUUACCUGAAGUGGAGUCAAAAUAAAGUGCAAACUGCAAGACAGUAGCAUAUAAUGUAGAUAACUGAUAAGUGUUGAUUCAUGAUGUUAACAUUUGCUAACAGUUAGUGUGUAGUUUUAAAAGAAGCCGUUUUAGCUAGCUACCUAGCUAUUGCUUAAGUUAGUGAGCAGACUAGUUAACACAAACAAUUAACUGCCACAUUAGCGCCAGCUAGAAUGUGAAGCACAAAUGUAGCAUAUUGCCAAUAUAGAUAAUUAAUUAACGUGUUUUCAUAACGUUAGCAAAUGUUAGCAGUAAAGUACAUUAACUUUCGCAAUGUAGUUAUGAACCAUUUCCAAAUGUAAAAUAUAGCUAACCUUAACUAGCAGGCUCUGCUAACACAGAAAAGUACUUGUAAAAUCAGUGUUAGUGAGGCAUAAAUAAAGUGUAUCAGCUAACUGCUAAAGUUAACAAAAGUUGUGAAUAAGUCAGUCUAGACUCAAACUCUACAGACUAAAGAGUGUUGUAAUAAAUUUUGGCUUCACUCAACUUGAAUUUUUUUUCUUCAUCUUUCAGAAAAAAUUUGCUGAGAAAAUUAAGUUUUGGAUCUCUUCAAUUGUUAUGGUGUGGUUGAUUUAAAUAGUUAUGACAUAUUUGUUACCACAUUUAUGCUUUUAAGCCUUUAACAGUCUUCACACUAAUGUUGGGUUCUGCAUUGAUUGUUGGAAUUGACUCAUAAUAAGAAUUAAUAUAAAUAAUUAGAUUUUGUACGGAGCCUGGCAGGUGUUAUGGAGAAAAACAUGAAAUAACAGACCAUUACAUUAAACAAUAAUUUUUAAAAAUAUUCUUUAAAAUAUGUUUAAGUGAUGUCAACACAAUGUUGUUUAAUUGACAAUAUCCAUGUAUCUUUGUCCAAAAUUAAAAAUAGUAAAAAAGUAAUUUAUAAACACAAAGAGCAUGAAUUCUUUUUUUACAUUUUUUUUCUCCUGUCAGGCUUUGUAAAUUACUGAUUAUGUUAUAUAUACGACUUAGUAAUUUUUGCACACAAAUGACUUUUUAUUACUUUUUCAUGACACAUGCCAGGCUCUGCACGUUUGUAAAAACGAAAGAAAUGCAGAAUAGAAGAGCUCUUGACUUUUGUUUGAAUUGGAAAUAUCCAUACAUUUUUAUAUAUAAGAGGGGGGAGCCAGAAUCCUUUCAUCAUUUGGGAUUUUAAAUACUUAUGAGGACAAUAUGUUUCUAAAAGAGUACAGAGUUGCCCGACAAAUUGCCCGGUGUACCCUCCAUGUUAACGUCUAACAGACAUAUAGAACAUUCCAAGUGGUUGUUGUUGAUGUUGUUGCUGAUGUUUAGUGUGUUUGGUUUUUUAAGAGUAUUUUUCUACAGCUUUUUGUAUGUCAUGCUUAUUUCACUGUUGGUGUGUCUGAGUGUGUGUGUGUGAACAUACAGUCAUGAUACACAUGAAUAAAUACACAUGUAUGUUUGUAUGUGAUUUGGCUUGUGUGCGUGUUUCUGAUGUCACUUCCUGAUUUAGCUGUUAUGACUUUUAUGAUGAUGAAGAAGAUAAAAAUGAUGAAGAGUGAUAUUGUUUAAUUAUAUGGAUUUAAAUGCUUUACGAACAGACUGUAGCCUCUAACGUUUUGUGUAAACCGUGAAUAUUUGCUUUGUAUCACCUUGUAUCCCACCAAUAAAACUAUACACACACACCAUCAAAUGUGUGUGUGUGUGUGUGACUCACA